UGGAAUGGCAUCUGCACGUUUACAACGAGCGUUAAUGGCCGUAGCCUCAAAUGCAAACACAUGAUACCCACCCCUGGCUUCCCCAACGCCAGCAGCCACCAUCACCACCCGACUUCCACGCCCGAACCCCCUGCCAUCACUGUCGCCGAGAUCCGCUUCAACACGCCAUUUCGAACGGGCCACCUUCACCAGCCCGUUCCAUCGUACGCAUCCUAUCAUCCCACCUCACCCCCAACGGAUUCCUACCUCUCCUCCCCACAAACUCCCACCUCCGCAAACCCCUCCUCGAAACGCGACUCUUUCGCCCGCCUCCUCAACCCGAACAAGUAUACACGGCCCCGCGCUCGCUCCGGUGCCAGUAUCACCUCAAUUGGCGAGAAUAUCGGCUCUAGCCACCACACACGGAAUCCCUCGAAUAGCAGCACGAGCAGCGGGGCCGGGGAUCUCGAGGAGCGCGAGAAAUCGGGACUUUUGCGCCGGCCACCGAGUGAGGACCGUCUGGAUCUUUCUCUUGCACGGGAGCGCGCAGGCGGAGGGUUACGGGGGAAGUCUGCGAAAUUGGGCAAGUUGAUCAUUGAAGAUGAGGGGAUUAAGAUGUUGGAUUUGGUUGUUGCUGCUUGUAUGGCUGUUUAUGCAAAUUCUCAGUUCUCAUCAAGCAACUCACAAAUCAUCUACACCACUACCUCUCGCAAACCCACUCCCCAUCAGGUAACCACAUUACUAUUAGGUACCACCCCAUUCUCCUCAAUUCUAUAUCCUGCCCAACAGAAAACCCCUCACCAGGUACCCGUAACCCUCCAAUCAAAUUCCACGCAAAUAAGCAGAGAAGCUAGCAAGCAAGUCGCAAAAUACGAAUUCACCCCCAUUUCCAGUCCACUCCCUCGAUACCUACCAAUCACACCAUCUCCAAUAGUGAAACAAGCAAGAGUAAGCAACGCACAAGAAGUCCGACAAAAAGCAACAAACCCGAAUGCCGAGCUCAGCCCCUCCUGA